UUUAUAUUUCAAUAAAUUAUUUAAUAUGGCAGAUUUUAAUCCUCAAGAGAGAGUAAAAAAGAUGGUUAAUGCAAUUAAAGCUGAGGUGAUUAUUAGAAUAAUUUGUUUAGGCUACAGAGAAGUCUGAACAAAUUAAAGAUAUGGCUGCUUAAUAAUUUAGAAUUGAAAAAAACAAGCUUCUUAAUCAAUAAAAAGAAAGAAUCAUUGAAGAAUAUAAAAAGAAAAUUGAAUCAUAUACAAUCGAAAAAAGAAUGUAAAAAUAUUAAAUAUUUUCGUUUAGACAACGAUCAUCAAAAAUUAAUUAAUCAAGAUUAUCAAAGAUGUAAGCACGUUUUGAAUUAAUUCAAAGACUUAAAGAAGAAGUUCGUUAAAAGAUGGCUUAAUUGAUCUAAAAUUAAAGUGUAUAUAAAGAAUUAUUGAAAAAUUUGAUUGUAUAAGGAAUGAUAAAAUUAUUGGAACCUCGUAUUGAAUUAACAUGUUUGGAAUAAGAUGUACAAUUAGUAGGAUCAAUUUUGAGUGAGUGUCAAGUGGAAUUUCAAUAGAUCAUCAAAAGAGAGACUACAAAAGACUUCAAAACAACACUUAGCAUCAAUCAAAGUCAAUACUUAACAGAGAAAAAUGGGAAACCUAUGUAUAAAAUAGAUUCAUAGUAGAUUGGGUGGAGUUGUACUUAGUUGUGCAAAUAGUCGAAUUGUAUGUUCAAAUACACUUGAUGAUAGAUUGGAGCUUUCAUUGUAAGAGUUUUUGCCAGACAUUAGAAAUGGUUUAUUUAGAAAAUGAUUGGAAAGUACAUAGAAUAAAUAAAAAAAUAAAUAAAAAU